UUUUGGUUUUUUACAAUUCAAACUUCGGACCUUUUGUCGAGGUAGAAGCAAUUUUCUAGUAUUUCAUCUGUGAAGUCAAGCUACUCCUUACUAGUUCUUUCAUUCUUGGGUGUCUCGCCAGCGUGUGAGAGUCAACUUUACUCAGCGUCUAUCGCUUUACGUCUGUAGCUUGGGUGCAGAUUGGUAGUUCAUACCUGCGCUUGUCUUUGUUCCGAAUUGUGGCAAGCUGUUCAUGUUGGUGGUGGACUGAAGCGGCUUCUAUCCCGGUCGGGUUGUGACGAGAUGGAGGAAGGAUGUUGAUAAAAUGUCACUCUGUGGAAUAUGAUUUCAUGCCACCUCUAAGUCGUAUCUGGCUGGUCAACUACCCGGACACCCCACAGGCCACAGUGUUUCAGUUAGUCCAGAAAGUGACAUUGACAGUUUAGAAGUUGUAGCGUUUCCACGUGGUGAACUAUUAGUGGAAAAUGGCUCGGAAGCGGGCAUUCCUGUCAUCACCAGCGUUCGUCUAUAUUCAGGCUUAUUUCUUGACCAUUGCAUCUGUCCUGGGAACUGGCAUAUUAGGCCUACCCGUAACUCUAUCCAACUCCGGACUCACUCCGUUUUUAGUCACAUUUGUCGCCACAUUCCUGAUACAGGUGGUACUUAUUUAUUUCUUCGUCGAUCUGCUUCAAAAGACAAGCCAUCACCUACUGCAGGAUGCCCAGGAGAAAGUCUCUACAUCAUCCGGCAACGACAUUUCUCUACAAUCCCUGGGUGGCAAAGCACUGUCCAGAGAGGAGAGCAGUAGUGAAGAAGAUGAAGCGGAGAGCAACCCGUUCAAAUCUCCAGUCAAGGGCACUCCGAUAAGGCCUUCAAGUGCUGGUGAUGAUGAAAGUCUUCAGCCUAAUCUGCACAACAUGGGUCGGCUGUUUUUAGGUCCCUGGGCAAAGUACGGAUUCGACUUGGUCAUUCUAGUUCAAUUUGUGGCGUUCCUGACUGGCUACUCAUUGGCUGGCAGUCAAGCAUUCCAGCAGCUCUUUCACAUCAGUUCUCUGAAGCUGGUCAUCCCUGUGUUCGUGUGGACCAACGUUGCGGCAAUAGUCUUCGCUCAAGUCAUCGUCAAACCACUUGUGUCCAUCAUGACCCUACUGAAAGGAGGAAUCCUUAUUGUGACGGUUGUUGUUGCGUUUGUAGUUGGCUCUAAGAUACACAAUCACACCACGGUGGACUUCGGUGCAUCCGGAGAGCCGUUCCUGAUGGGUAUAGUUGCCGUUGGUGGAGUGGUGAACAUGAUGCCAUUGAUGUACACCAAGGUUGACUGUCGCUCUGCCAAACAGGUUACUAACUUCCGCCGUGCCGUCACACUUGGCAUGUUGACAUGUGCCGUGCUGAAUACCUUCUGGUGUUAUGCAGUUCUGUCGAUCGUGUCGCAACGUUGCUCGCUGUGCGUACCCAGCGAGAGUAGACCAUCAUGGAUGCCACUCAAUGUCUCACAGCACUGCUGCCAUAUAGCACCGGGUGAACUCGUGCCCGAUGAAUGCGUAUUCUGUCUGCAACAGGCCAACACGCACGGUCGCAUCUCAACAGUACCAUUGAUCAACGUUGUGGGAGCACGGUAUCCCAACUUGUCCUGGAUGGCACUUCUCAUCGAACUGUUCAUCGUCAUCAGUAUAACCGUGUCGUUCCUGGUCUACGGCUCAGCUCUGAAACAAUUGUGGGAUGGUUUUCUUGCUGAGUUCCAAGGGUGUCGGAUCAGCAAGUGUUGCUCAGCUGCAUGUUGUCAUCGCAUCACUCGGUUUCUUGCGUACAAGCUGUCGUUCGGUGGGAUUUUCUUUGUGGCUCUCAGCAACCCUGAGGGCUUCAUCCGCAUCCUGGAUCGUGUUGGCUCCAUGGGCCUCAACCUAGAAAUUGUGCUUUUUGUAAUUCCGAUGAUUCGAGCCUCCUGGGGUUCGGCAUUCAAAAACAUGCCUGUAGUGGUGUCUCUGCCGCGUUGGUUCUACUGGCUAUAUGUACCUGUAUUCCUGUACUCGCUGAUGGCUGUCACCUACGACAUUGCGUCAGUAGCUGCCGAUCAUCUCUACAGAUAGCACACAGCCGUGCAGUGCUGCGUGUAGCUAUUCUGCUUCUACCGACAUCUUUUGUUGAAUGUGUCCACGUUUGUCGUUUUCAGCCAUGGCCCACUCUUGACAUUCUCAGGCUAUAGAGAGUCAUGGAGCGACAAGGCCAUUCACCACCAACAGGCAGCAGCAGAGACGGCCUCGGUAAGCAACUGCUUGCUUGUAAUUGUUGGUGCCCGGCUGUCCUUGCCGAGCGACAAGGCCCACGUCAAGCUCCAUGCGACCUGCUGCAAGGUCUUCAGAGCUCAAGCUCCAAGCUUCCAGCUUCCCAAGGCAAGCGCAUGGGCCACGGUCAGGGCAACUCAUUCUUGAGAGGCAUAAAAAACAUGUGAUAUUUUCCGUUGAGAAUUGUAAUGUUGUAAUUCGAUUUUAUGCUUCCCUUAGCAAACUACUUAUUCAGAUUUUACUCAUAUCGCACCCAACUUUUCUCAAGCUAGCACUAGUAGCUACUAGUAUACUUAUAUAUUUUUUUAGGGAUAUUGCAUUUCUUUUCUACUUUGAUGUAGCUGUUACCAAUACUCUCCUUUCCCGGCAUCUCGAGUGACAUCUGCCUACCUGAUUAAAACAAAGGUUAAUGUUUCCGCAGGAUCCGCCGCAGCAAGUCGUGGUCAGAUGCUAUAGCACACUGCCCGCGACUGAAAUCAAAUAAUUCCUCUGAGUUCAUUUUAGUCUGUGAUAGUUUGAUCUGAUCCAAGUCCAGAUCCAUAUGGCCACAGGA